AUGAAUCCACCACAUCGAUUGACGUUAUCACAAUAUCUCCGUAAAUCUGGACACGUUUUUAGAAUUUUAAUGUUAUUCAAAAAAAUCCAAAAGUUUAUUAAUCUCCGUAGAUUUUUUAGCGUAAAUAUCCCUGUUAAAAAACUACAGGUUACAACAUCUCGAUCUUCCGGCCCUGGAGGCCAGAGUGUAAAUAAGUCUGAAACUAAAGUUCAAAUUCGAUUCAAUGUGCAAUCUGCUGAUUGGUUGACUGAAGAUUUGAAAGAAAAGUUUCUAAUCGUUAAUAAGGCCAAGAUAACUCAAAAGGGUGACUUUAUUGUUGAAUGUGAUGACUAUUCUAAUCAACAUGAUAAUAAAAAGGCUUGUAUUAGGUUAAUUCGUGAAGCUGUAAAACUUGCUGAGGAAUACACUCCCGCCAGGCACUUAACAUUUCUUGAACAAAUUGAGGAAACCAAGACUCCUGAACAGAUUUUGAAGUAUAAAAUGGCCAGACGUGAGUCUCGAAGGAAAACUAAGCAACUUGGCCAUAAGAAGUUGGAAGACUUCUAAAACUGACCAUGG